UCUCACUUCCAAGGCUCACCACCUCAAUUCUCAAUUAAUUUUAUAAAAGAUCCAACCAAAUCACAACCUACUAAGCUUUGUUUAUCUCACAAUUGACCAAUUCAAGUCAACCCUCAUGUUUUUUUCUUAUAUCAUGCUAAUAAAAUCAUCGCGCGAAAUGUUUUGUCGUAGCAAAUCCAAAACCUCCCCCUCUACUCCCCUCCUCUCCACAAAACCAUGGAGGGGUUGAUUCCUUUAGUCUACAAAGCGAUCAAGAGAAGGAACACGACGAAGCACUACCGGUCUCUCUCGACAGGAGGCGCACUGAUGAACGAAAGCGAGCUCAGCUUCAAUGAUCGAGCGUUCGUGGCAGCGUCUUCUGAGAACCAGAAGGCGGUGUUCGAGAUGAACGACUACCACAUCUUCAUGACUCCUCAAGGAGAGAAGCUUGAAGACUCUAGUAAUGGAAAAGGCGACGGCCGACAAAAGCAAGGGCCAAUGCAGGCGCUUCCUCGCGAGACCUUCUCUCCGGUGAAACAGGUCGAGCCAGUAGGGAAGGGUGGUUAUCGCGGCAGGAGUAAGUCAGUAGCAUAAUAGAACUGUCUGUGCUUGUGUUUGUUGAUGAGAGAUGUGAGAAGAUGCUUGUUUGGAAGUGAAGGGGAUCUAGAAUAAUUUUGCAAAUGAUGUAUAAUUGUUUCUGCACAAAAUUUUUCAGAAAGGAGUAAGACUUUAUUGGCGUACUGCCUGCAGCUUGUGUAAUUAAAUAAUUUUGUGGUGUCGUACGUAUGAAUUUGAUUCUUGAGUAAACUGCUGUAGAACUGAAACAACUACUAGUUGGAGGGGUUGAAUGGAUGACUCAAUUCAGGGAAGAGGGAAAGAG